CUGGUCGAUACUUUUGUAUUUAAUUUCUUUGGAUGUUUCGUUGUCAAUGCGGACAAAGAACUUUUCUUUUAUCCCUGCGAGAAUUCGAUCAUGAGUCGUCUCAUAUGUUCCGGUCGAAUGCUGGGCGGCACAGCCAUCCUGCUGUCAACCAUCAUUAUUUUGAUCGUCUUUGUCAACCCCCCACAGACCCGAAUUCUCCACAGUUCGUCCCCUCAAACCACAUCUUCCAAGCACAAUUCGUCAUCCCCAUGGAAUCCCAGUGAUGUACGAUGCAGCGGCGAACUACCCGACACCUCCCACAUCCAGGUGGUGGUCAAGACCGGCACAAACAUCAUCUACGAUAAGCUCCCGACGCAACUCCUCACAGCCUUGCGAUGCUGCCAAGACCCGCUUAUUUUCGCCGACUCCGAGCAAGACCUCGGUGGCUACCAUGUCUACGACGUGCUCGCGAACGUCAAUGAAACUCUGAAGGCCACUCAUCCCGAUUUCGCCUACUACCGUACCAUCCAAGAGUACUUGUCCUCAGGCCGGGACAUCCGGCAACUCCGGACCUCGCGCCAGGCCGCCUGGGACCUGGACAAGUACAAGUUCAUCCACAUGCUCGUGCAAACCUGGGAGCGACGUCCCGGACACGACUGGUAUGUGUUCGUCGAGGCCGACACGUACCUCUUCUGGGGAAACCUAGUGCAGUGGCUGGCGCGGAUGGACCCUGCCAAGCCACUCUAUCUGGGCUCGGCGGCGACCUUCCAAACUGAGAAGUUUGCCCACGGAGGAAGCGGGGUGAUCCUAUCGCGCGAAGCCAUGAAGCGCGUCUUAGAUGGAGGUGCCGAUCUGGCUGCACGAUAUGACGAGCGCAUGCACGACGAGAUCUACGGCGACUUUGUGCUUAUGAAAGCCCUGAAGGAAAAGGGCGUCGGGCUUAGUAAUAAAUGGCCCAUGAUGCAGGGCGAGAAGCAGAAUACGCUUCCUUUUGGGCCCGGUCCCAAUUCAGGGUCCCGACAUGGAUGUCAGCCGUUGAUUACUAUGCAUAAAGUUACGCCGGUGGAUGUUAAUGCGAUGUGGAAUUAUGAGCAACAUCGUAAACACCCGCAGGAACCGCUCCUUAUUAGUGAAUUGUAUGACUAUUUCAUGGGUCGUGCGCUUCCCUCGGGGCGCGAUGAUUGGUAUAAUCUCUCCGAUGACUUGAUGUUCCGCGCGCCUGGUGUUGAAGGGGAGAGACAGAAGUCGCCCUCGGAUAUGACCCCGGCCGAGAAGGAAGCGUAUAGCUCUUUUGAGCAAUGUCAGAAAGCGUGUAAGGAGCAUUCCAAGUGCUUCCAGUUCGUUUACCAUGAUCAGACCUGCGGAUUCUCCUUCUCCUAUCGACUAGGAUACCAGAGAGAUCCCGAAGGUGACGAAGGACGGUAUAAAUCCGGGUGGAUCUUGGAUAAGAUUGAGAAAGAUCGAGAAGAUCACCCUUGCAAAACACCAGAAUGGCUAUAAAAACCAAAUAUGGCUCAGUGUAACACUUGUAUUGAUAUCUUAUUCUUACCAGCGACAUCCGACACCACGGAUGGCUCCGUCGAUUGGUUCGAGAUGACCACGCGUCUCACUUAGGGGAACAAUACCGACGAAACGCACUACGAAGUUACAGACUAACAACAUACCAUACCACCACCGACAUGGUUCAUCGUGGGUGGCAGACACGUCUGUCCAACUGUAAACCACAGCGAGCAGAAACACGCGCCCCCUAUUCCGAUUCAGCGGCAAAUCAAUGUCUUAACGGCCAGAAAGUCUCUAUAUUAUACGAAGUCCAGCAGUGUGUAUAUAAUUGUACAUAGAAGAAUUUCAAGCGAUACCUUCAAC